AUGGCUUAUUGUAUUUGGCUAGCUCUUGUAUUAGUUGCAUUGUUUACUUAUCUUAUUCAAGAAUUAACAUGGAAGAAGAAAGUUCCUCCAGGGCCUAGAGGGCUUCCACUUAUUGGUAAUCUUCAUAUGGUAGGCAAGAAUAUUCACCAUGAUCUUCAUAAAAUAGCCAAAAAAUAUGGCCCUAUAAUGUCGAUGCGUUUCGGUCUUGUUCCUGUCAUUGUUGCUUCAUCUCCUUAUGCUGCACAACAAUUCUUGAAGAACCAUGAUCUUGUUUUUGCUAGUAGACCAUAUAGUGAGGUUUCUCGAUACAUUUUCUAUGAUCAGAGAAAUCUUGUGUCUAGCAAGUAUGGACCUUAUUGGCGAAACAUGCGUAAAUUGUGUACUCUACAAUUACUUAGCAAUGCCAAGAUUCAUUCAUUUCAGUCUAUGAGGAAACAAGAGCUUGGAAUUCUUGUCAAUUUCCUCAAACAACAUCGCGGUGUUGUGGUUGAUCUUACUGAUAAAAUUGCAUCUCUUAGUGCCAACAUGUCUUGUUUGAUGAUAUUUGGGAAGAAGUACAUGGAUGAGGAUCUUGGUUUAAAUGAAUUGGUUAAAGAGACAAUGUGUAUAGCAGCAAGGCCAAAACUUGGUGAUUAUAUUCCCUUUCUUGGUGUGUUUGAUCUCCAAGGAUUGUCUCGUCGUAUGAAGGAAUUAGCUAAGCCUUUUGAUGAGUUUCUGGAGAGAGUUAUCGACGAGCACCUUCAUAAAUUCAGUGACAAGAAUCAAGCUAAGGAUAUUGUUGAUACACUUAUGGGCAUUAUGCACUCUAAUGAAGCUGAGUUCGAGUUUGAUCAUCGUCAUGUCAAAGCCAUUUUGCUGGACUUGCUGGUGGCUUCAAUGGAUACAUCAUCAACAGCAGUUGAAUGGAUUUUAUCAGAAGUUCUAAGACACCCUGAUGUAAUGAAAAAACUUCAAAACGAGAUGGAACGAGUAGUUGGGAGAAAGAGAAUGGUGGAAGAGAUGGAUUUAGAAAGUCUGGAGUACUUAGAUAUGGUCAUAAAAGAAGGUUUUAGGCUCCAUCCAGUCGCGCCACUAUUAAUUCCUCACGAGUCAAUUGAAGAUUGCAGGGUUGAUGAUUUUCAUAUACGUAAAGGAUCCCGACUAUUAAUCAAUGUUUGGGCAAUUGGGAGGGAUCCAAAUGUUUGGCCUGAGCCAGAGAAGUUCAAACCAGAGAGGUUUUUGGAAUGCAACAUUGAUCUUAGGGGACGGGAUUUUCAACUUUUACCAUUUGGAUCUGGCAGAAGAAGUUGCCCCGGUAUGCAGCUAGGACUCACCAUUGUUCGAUUGUUGGUAGCACAAUUGGUUCACUGCUUUGAUUGGGAGUUACCAAAUGGUAUGAUACCAAAAGAUGUUGACAUGACUGAGAAAUUUGGUUUAGUAUUAGCUAGAGCUCAACAUCUAAUGGUCAUUCCCAAGUCAUAUCGAUUGAAAUUUUCACAAAAUAAAUGUUAA